GGAUUUUCACCCUUAAUUCAGGGUGACAUAAGUAAAUCAUGAGUGUCGAGUAGCAUGACACCUGGGUUUUCAAGUUUUUCUGUGGAAAUAGAUCUAUCUCCGGCUGCCUGGCGACACAACAAUUGCAGAUUGGCAGUUUCAACAUAUAGUGUUAGAGAGAGGAGCAGAUUUGUGGUUUUCCGAUGACUUUCCCGCGUUUCAUUGGUAACCAAUGGCAUCCUCAGUUGAACCCUUAGCUGGUACAUGGAUUAAUCCAGAAAAAUUGACAGCAUCAAAAUAGUCUGCGAACCUGAACAUUUGGUACGAGUUGGCUAUGGUAUGAUGUUUACAUUUUACCAUGGCUAUUUCCUCUUUUGGAUUGAGUGGUGGGGGAUGGAAGGAUGCAACUGCUGAUUAUUUGUGGUUAGGCUUGAAAAUGAUGAGUUUGGUUGUUUCAAUACAGACUGCACCGAAGUACUGACCCUGCAUUUUGUUAUGUCGGUUCUUCGAUCUUGUUCAGGAAACCCCUCUGAUAAUGUGCGUCAUCUUGAUACCUGUAAUGGGAGAAAAAUACCCUAAUUUUUAUCUGGUGCUGGAUUUCCUGUGGGGCAAUUUUCGAAUUGGGUCACUUUAUUUGUGUCUCGUAGAUUUUAUAAACGAAAAUGAAAGAAAACCUUUUUUCUGGAGAAACCUGCAUGAUUCUAUCAAUAAUUAUUUCUAGAAAUGAAAAAAGUUCUCCGGUUAUACCAGAUCUGGGAUAUGCAAUCAAUUCCAGCUUAUAUUGAUCGAAUUAUGCUGUUUUUCCUUGUCCUCUACCUUGCAAGGAAUUUUUAGUGUUUGUGAAGAUCCAAACAAAUCAAACUGUGGAAUGUGGAUGCAUGUGGAUACUCAGAUCGGUAAACUACAAAAGUGGGGUAAAUUAUUUCAUGCAUCCGAGAGUAUCCCAAUCGGUGCUUAUGGUUUGACACGUGCACAUCACGCAUGCCAUGGAGAGGCGUUUGUUUGUGAUGAAUAGAGCAUGUUCAUGUUGGUAUAACGUAGUGAUUGUCUGCAUUGCUGCUGCGACUAUUUGCUAACUAUUACAUGCAUUUCUGGAGCCUAUCUGCCACUAUAUGCGGAGAAAUAAAUGUCGACUGAGACAUAUUUUCAAUCCAAGAUUCUGAUACAGUCAUAUGUGUAAUCUUUCUGCAAGGACUUUUCCGGCUUAUCACAAUCAUUUUGUACUUGAAACAAUCUCUUUUUGAUGUCCUUGUUUUUAUACAUGUAACUUUGUAAAAAUCUUUUAAAGGAUAUGAUGAAACCAGGUUUCUACCAACUAAGCUACUUGACAUUCACGUCACAUACCAGAGUGAUGUGAAGUUACAACUAGCUUUUUGCGUGACGGUACUAUACUUCUAACAUUCUUCAAAUUUGAUUAUUAAGACAGAUGAAUAUGGGUAGUACUUCUUUGGAUUUGAGAUGUUCCCCACAUGGAAAAUUCUGAGUAAGAAUUUUACAUACAUGGUCUUAUUCAGCAAUCACCCUAUCUGAUCCUAUUUUGUUAUCUUCCCCAGCUUACCACCACACAUUUAUGGAGGGAUUUUGAUGGACACCCUUCAUUUGACAUAUCUGCCCCUUUCAUUAUCUUGAAUCCCCACCAAGAUGUGACCCUUCCUUUGGUGGCUUUAAUCCUCAUACCAGAGACCCACAUGAGUAAUUUCAUAGCUUUGAUUAUUGUGUUAUUAUCAUACAUUCAUACUCCACAAUUAUUUCUUUCCUGACAGAUUUCUUCACUGCAGCUUAAACUUCUACUGUCAUAGAACUAAUUCAGUUGCAGGACUUUACUGGAAGGUGAAAAAAAGAGUGUAAAAAACAUAGUAGUACCCAGAGAAGUAAUCAUAAGAGUUUGAUUGACUCUUUUUUAGUUGUCUGCUUUAUUGGUACUUUUAUGGCUUUAUAUUAUAACACGGGUGCAGUAUUAUGUAAUUUAUUAUAAAAGAUAUCGGUUUCCGAUCCUUUUCACGAUGGGACUUGAUCAAGAAGAAGCUGAUCUUAUUACUGUUGACAUGUCCUCUAAGAAGAAAGAGCUGCUCACUUCUGCCAUGAAGAGAACUAAUGAAUGGAUAAUCUCUCAGGAAAUUCCUAGUGAUGUAACUAUUCAAAUUGGUGAUGCUUCCUUUACCUUGCACAAGUUCCCACUAGUAUCAAAAUGCGGAUACAUAAGGAAAUUGGUAUCAGAAUCUAACGAUUCUUAUAUCUGCAACGUUGAAAUCCGUGACAUUCCAGGAGGAGCAGAAGCUUUUGAACUUGCAGCAAAGUUUUGCUAUGGGAUAAACUUCGAGAUAGGCACUGAAAACAUUGCCAUGAUUCGAUGUGCAGCAGAAUAUCUUGAAAUGACAGAGGAUUUUGCAGUAGAAAACCUUGUUGGAAGGGCUGAAGCAUACUUAGAUGGAGUAGCAUUAAAGAGCCUUUCUUCCUGUGUUUCGAUUCUACUUACAUCAGAAAACCUGCUUCCUAUAGCAGAGCAAGUAAAAGUGGUGAGCCGUUGUGUUGAUGCUAUAGCUUUCUUAGCCUGUAAAGAUAGCCAAUUCUCAGGGAUUAACAGGGAAGAUGGGAUUGAAAGUGGAUUCUCCUCAUUAAUUCCUCAGCAAAAACCUAUUGUGGAGUUUUGGUGGGCGGAAGAAUUAACUACGCUUAGAAUUGAUUUGUUUCAAAGAGUUCUUAUAGCAAUGACUGCCAGAGGAUUUAAACAAUUUGCUCUUGGUCCACUACUCAUGCUCUAUGCUCAAAAGUCUCUUAGAGGUUUGGAGGUGACCAAUAAGGGGAGAAAGAAGUUGGAACCCAAACAAGAACAUGAAAAGAGAGUCAUCUUAGAGACUAUAGUAAGCCUUCUUCCAAGGGAGAGAAAUGUAUUAUCAGUUAGUUUCUUAGCCACUUUGCUUCGAGCUUCCAUAUGGCUCGAGACAACAGUUGCUUGCCGCCUUGAUCUGGAGAAGAGGAUGGCCUUACAACUUGGUCAGGCAGCCCUAGAUGACCUUUUGAUACCUUCAUAUUGUUUCACUGGGGACACCUUGUUUGAUAUGGAUUCAGUAAGGAGAAUCAUGAUGAACUUUCUUGAGAGUGAAGUGGAGGGAAAUCAUCUGGGUUACGGUGCAGGAGAAGAACAUGUUUCUCCUUCAUCAAACGACUUGGAAAGAGUGGGCAAGUUGAUGGAAAAUUACCUUGCUGAAAUAGCCUCUGAUCGGAACUUGACAGUUUCUAAGUUUACUGGUUUAGCUGAGCUUAUUCCUGAACAAGCUAGGGUCACUGAGGAUGGGAUGUAUAGAGCUAUUGACAUUUUCCUCAAGGCUCAUCCUACACUGACAGACAUAGAAAGGAAGAAAGUGUGCAGCUCAAUGGACUGCCAAAAGCUAUCACGUGAGGCAUGUGCUCACGCUGCUCAAAACGACCGCCUACCUGUCCAAACGGUUGUUCAAGUCCUCUACUACGAGCAGCAACGCCUUCGCGAGUCCAUGAAUGGCAAUUCUUUCUCCUCUGAAGUCGCCGCCAUUGUCCCUACCAAAACUCUGAACCCUUACUCCACAAAUACACCCUCUUCAGAUGAACUCUUGAAGCUUAAACGGGAGAAUGAGGACCUGAAAUUAGAGCUACUUAAGUUGAAAAUGAAGUUGAAGGAAGUUGAAAAACCUAAGAUUAUUACUGACAAUAAUAAUAAUAAUACAUCUGUUACCAGUGUUACCAGUGUUACCAGCAGUCCUGUAAAGAGUGUUGCAUCAGUUUCUGAUCAGAAGCCACCAUUGCCUAGGAAGUCUUUUAUGAACUCUGUGAAGAAAUUUGGGAGGCUUCUUAUUCCUGUUGAUGGUGUGCUUACACCACCUCGUCGUGUUAAGGCCAGUAAAGGUCGCCGACAUUCAAUAUCUUAAAAGCUCUUGAUUCUGUCUUGUAGGACUUUUUUUUGAUAAUGUACAGUUUGAGCAUAAACUUCAGUUGGUGUUGAGAGGGUUGAGGAUUAAAAAAAAAUGCAGUUUCUUUCUUCAGGUUCUAUUUGCUGAUAUUGUUGUAUUUGUAUAUUAUGUGGAAAAUUCAUCCGAUAUUAUAAACAUGGUAUAAUUCAUUAUUAGUA